UACUAAUAGAAGUCGAGGUUCUAUUCGAUGCCCUUACCACCCGUCUUGUACCACUACUUCUCCACACCGCUACCAUAUACGCGAACUCUCCUGCUCCAAGAAAAGAUACAUCAGCUUCAGCUUGCUGCUCGUCGUUCAUCAUCUCAUCAUGACAUUCUACUUCUACUCGAGCACCGCCCAGUGUACACAUCUGGACGCCGACAAACAGAACAAGAACUGCACGCAGAACGUGCACGUCUGACAUCGAUUGGCGCAGAAUUUGCCGUAGCAGCACGCGGUGGACAAUUAACAUAUCAUGGACCCGGCCAGCUCGUCGGUUACCCACUUCUAGACCUCGCUCGCACAUCUCCGCCGAUUGGCAUCCGUGAUUACAUUUGCAUAAUGCAAAAGAUGAUACAAUCUUACUUGCUGCGUACGCACGGGAUUGACCAUGUACCCUCGGACCACACUGGUGUAUUUUUGGACCCUGUAACAAAGAUAGCAAGUAUCGGCGUCCAAGUACGCCAUCGGCUGACGACGCACGGAUUUGCCAUGAACGUCACAAAGGAGCCUUUGGAGUGGUUUGGACAAGUUGUGGCGUGUGGAUUAGUUGAUGUCAAGGCUGGGUGCAUAACGGAAGCGAAAGGAAAGAAUGUGCGGGUGGAGGAUGUUGUGCCAGGUAUUGUUGAUGCGUUUGGUACAUUAUACGGGAGAGAUAUGGUGAAAUUAUACCCCCAGAACGCUGGUGAGCUUGGAGAGGCUAUUCUUGCACUAGAGGAAGAUGCACUAGCUGCUGGGGAAUGGUUGAGGGCACCUUCCCCGAACUUAUAGAAGCGGAAAUGUUCAUUGCAGACGACCGGGAGUUCUGUUGAUCGUUUCCAUCCGCCAUGCACUAUGACAUCUACAAGUGCGUGAUAUCGUCUACGUAUGCUGCUAAGCAGCCUGCCAGCUGAAAGUAUAUUGUGAGUAUUGAGAGCUAUAACUUCUCCCA